AGAUUGUUUCCCUGCGCUGAUGAGCCACCGUUGGUGCCUGGGCUUCGUGAACACGCAGUGAAGGUGCCCUUUCUUUGUCCGAUGCUGCCGCCGGGACCCGCCGCCGCCGUCCCUCCCAGCGUCCAUGGGGCCGGGGUGUGCUACGGUUUCAGUCCGACCUUUUUAGCCCCAGCGUUCCACCCCGCUUGGGCCCCUGCUGCUGGGGCCCGUCAGCGGCCAGGGCUGAGGAGACGACCCAGCGACCGGCACCCGGGUGUUAUUAUUGGGCCGGCCUACGUGAAACCUCACCAGCCGUGCUAGCUGCACGCUGAUUGGUCGAGCGACGCUCCGCCUCUGACGUCAGAGGGGCACUCGGAAUGACCUUGCCGCGCGCUAGAAAGCGGGCACAGUGCAAGAGAGACUAGCGAGCUAGAAGGUUUAGUGGGAGUGUGGCUGUUUCCCACCGUCCACAAGGACAAAGGCUGUGUCACCAGUGUGUUUGCUGGUCAGAACACUUGGUUGAGCGUGAAGAAAUUACUGGGUGAAAGGCACAAAGCACUACGGCCGUUCCUGUCUGUGCCACCCUGUCUCUAGUCCAGUGCGAGAACCAAAAGAAGCGAUCAUAUCAAGACUUGGCACUCGAAGCCUCGCGCCGAGAGAAGUGGCUGAAUCUGUCUGUCUGACUGUCGCAUACUGUCGAGAUCAUCAUCAUGAAGUCCGAGGUGAUGGCCGCGUCCGACUUCAUCGUCAACCUGCUGCGCAUGAGCAGCCCGGGCAGCCUCAGCGAGCGCGAGCUCCUCCGGUUCCGGGACACGCUGGCGCUGGUUAUGCGGAACCACUACCACAACCACUGGUUCCCCGAGAAGUCGUACAAGGGCUCCGGCUACCGGUGCAUCCGCAUCAACGGCCAGAUGGACCCUCUGGUGGCGGCGGCCGGCGACAGCUGCGGUCUGGACCGGGUCUUCCUGCGGUCUCUGUUCCCCAGCGAGCUGACGAUGUGGGUCGACCCGCGCGAGGUCUCCUACAGGAUCGGCGAGAACGGCUCCAUCUGCGUCCUCUUCGACGAGCGGGUGGAGCGGCCCCGUGCCGACGGCUGCAAGGACAUGGUGCGACCGGCCUACGGCGGCUUCGGCGACCAGUGGUCGACGUCCGAGCCAAUGUCUGCCUGCGCCUUCAGCUAGGGCCCUCUCCGUCUCGCAUCCUGCCAGCCAUAGUGUGAUAUGAUCUCAAGCAAAGUGGUUAUUAUUGAAUGGUGCUAGUGAUAACGGAGCACCAGGGCAUGUGAGGCAAUGUACCCCUGGGUCAUUCCGUGUGAACAAAGCAGCUGUCAUCUCGCCCCCAUAUCCCCCUGACCCCAAACUAAGCUGGGACAUGACGAACGCGGAACCCAUAAAAAUAGUAAAACACUGGAAAAAGCUAUAUGCAACCAAGUCAAGUGAUAAUGUGUCCGCGCUCGUUCGUGUCCCGGAGUGGUUCGGGGUCGAAGCAUCCGAGGACCUCUCGCCCCCCGCCGCCGCUGUAGGUGCCGCGUGCUGUCCAUUGGGACGGCCGCCGCCGCCCAGUGAGCUUUCUAAGUCAUCCGCCGAGGCGGGCCGUCAUGGUUGCUGGCGACCAAAAUGGUACAUGCCAACCGAGUUCAAAUGUAUUUGAAUUGUUGUUGACAUAAUUUAUUUUGUGCGAACAUGCGAGGCCAAAGUGUGCACUGAAAGGCAAGAAGCAUGUGAUAAAGGAAUCCUCUUGGACCUUCCGAUUCGCGGGAGUGAUGUCAUCGAUGCUUGUUCUCAUCCUCAUCGUUCUUCAUGGCUGAAAGUCGCCUGCCGCCGGCCCGUGCCGUGGGGCUCAUCUCAGGUCGUUAGUGACCCGCAGGCGGACCGGCGGCAAGCGAUGUUUGUUCAUCGGCAUCACUCAAAGGUAAACUCUCUCACCUGCCUUGUCAUUUCCAUUAAUUCCUGUUCGAAAACCGAAAAAAGAAAACCGCAAGUACAAGUCGACUUCGGUCGGUUCUUUGCACAAUCAUACAUUAUGGUUCGAAGGAUGGUGCAGAUAAACCCACGUAUUUUAUGUAUAAAACAGAGAGGUACUUAGUGCGACAACUAGUGUAAGUCACCCGAAGUUAAAAGGUACAAAUAAGUCGAUCAUAGCCUGUGAUUGGUUUCGCCACGCUAGUUUCUCCCUUUCAGCCGCGCUCUGUCGGCUGCUUUGUUAGCUUUACCAAGUUCACAGAUUGACGCGUUCGGGGCGUGCCUGUGUUUUAACCGUCGUGCAAGAGCCCUGUAUAUAGUGGUCCUUUUCGUUGGCUGUGGAGUGCUCCUGGGAUGGCCCGAGCCGGGGCUCACCGUGCACCUGCAAGACGCUUCAAAAAUUGUAUUUUGUUCGCCUCCGAGAGUCCGCUGUGUCUAGGGUGUUUUGUACAGAAAUACAUGCUAAUUCUGCAAGUGCA